AUGAAUGGGGAGAUCCUCCACCCGUUGGCGGCGAGGGAGCAGGUGUGGCGGAGAGGAGGGUACGGGCGCGGAGGGGAGAGGGCCAAGGCCCAGGUGACGGCCUCCAGUGUGGGGGAGGACAGAGCCAUGCUCCUGGGCUUCAGCAUGAUGGCCUUCUCUGUGCUCAUGUACUUUCUGAUCGGGAUCACUCUGGUUAAACCCCACCUAAACAGUGACUGGCAUGAGGAGGCCAGCUGCUUGCUGGUCCAGGUUGAUGUUCUGGAUGAGUGGGCCGACUGCAGAGGGGUCAGCACUGCCCCAUGCCUGAGGGUUCUGGUCAACCUCAGUACCUCUGGACAGAAGGCUCGCCUACACUACGAUGAAGAGUCUGUACUCCUCAACCAUGAGUGUUUCUACAUACCCAAAUGUCAAGUAGACAGGAAAGUCCUUGUGGACGAAGUGCAGAAAAUCCAAAACACUUUGGAGGAGACACAAGGCAGUGAGUUGCGUUGUCUAUCCGACCCCAGAAAAUACCCAGAGGACACCAUUUUGAAGAGGAAGUACACGUUAGGCCUUGCCCUGUGGUCUCUGCUGUGGCCCAGCUUGAUGCUGGGCGGGGGAGCUCUACUGGUGGGCCUGGUGAAGCUCAACCAGAGACUGGCACACCUCUGUACGGAGCUGGGUAAUGAAGCAGCAGGGGGUAGGCUGACAACGAUGACAAAUACCCAAGGCAAACUCUAUCAGCUCCUUAGGUGGUCUGGCUCUGGACAGCACUCGCCUAUGCAGGAUGACUCAGUGAAGUGA